AUGGAUUUCCUGCAGGGACAAAGCAUCGAGACCACAGUGGCCGUCGCCGUCGCCGUCGCCGUCGUCGCCAUCGCCGCGGGCGGCGCCUUCCUCCUCCUCCGAUCCAGGAAGCCCAAGGGAUGCUUGGAUCCUGAGAACUUCAAGAAGUUCAAACUUGUUGAAAAGAAGCAGAUAAGUCAUAAUGUUGCCAGGUUCAAAUUCGCUCUUCCAACUCCAACUUCUGCAUUGGGCCUUCCAAUCGGUCAACAUAUCAGUUGCAGAGGACAAGAUGCUACAGGUGAAGAAGUAAUCAAGCCUUAUACCCCUACUACAUUGGAUUCUGAUCUCGGAUAUUUCGAGCUUGUCAUAAAGAUGUAUCCUCAAGGGAGAAUGUCCCAUCAUUUCCGCAAGAUGAAAGUUGGUGAUUAUUUGUCCGUUAAGGGACCUAAGGGCCGUUUCAAGUACCACGUUGGCCAAGUGAGGGCAUUUGGAAUGCUGGCUGGUGGAUCAGGCAUUACUCCAAUGUUCCAAGUUGCCAGAGCAAUCCUUGAGAACCCUAAUGACAACACCAAGGUUCACUUAGUUUAUGCUAAUGUCACAUAUGAAGACAUUCUUCUGAAGGAUGAGCUGGACAACAUGGCCAAAACCUAUCCUGGUCGCUUUAAGAUCUACUACGUGUUGAAUAAGCCUCCUGAGAAUUGGAACGGUGGUGUUGGGUUUGUGUCGAAGGAAAUGAUCCAAUCUCAUUGUCCAGCGCCUGCUGAGGACAUUCAGAUCCUGAGAUGUGGUCCUCCUCCGAUGAACAAGGCCAUGGCUGCACACCUUGACGAGCUCAGCUACACAAAGGAGAUGCAGUUCCAGUUCUAA